UUACUACGAAUGUUAAAUAUACAUAUGCAACCAAACAUACACUAAAAGAGUUACACUGUGUUUACUGCAUAACCAUAAAACGUUAUACACCCGAAAAUGGACGGAGAUCAGGAAAAUUCAGUUAUUUAUGGCUUGGAAUUUCAAGCUCGGGUUCUAACACCUCAACUAGCAGAAACUGAAAAAGUAAGGUUUUUCAUGGGAACACAAUCACUGAAACAAGCUAAAAAUCAAGUACACUUAGUGGAAUUUGACGAGGAAAACUCAACCCUACAAAACACAGUGUUCUAUCAUUCUCAAGGGGAAAUAUGGAAACUAAAUGCUAGUCCAUUCCACAAGAAUAUCCUGUCAAGUUGCUACAAUGCAAUAAACAAUGAAAACUUAACAUGCAAGAAAGCUACUUGCUUAUUAAAACUUCCAGAAGUUGAAAAUUCUGAACAAAUUGAAUCUUUGGAGGUCCAAAACACAUUUGAUUUAAGUAGCUAUGAUGAUGACAUUAUAACAAAUGAAUUUCAUCCAAUUGAUGAGAGUAAAUGUGCUACAGUUACUGGCAAUCAGGUUGUUCUGUGGGAUAUCUCAGCACAAGAUUCCAAACAGAUCUUGAAUGUGAACUUGGAGAGCAAAGGCAAUGCAAAGUUCACCAUUGGCAAGUGGAACCCACAUCAAAAUUGCAAUCAGAUUACAACAGCAACAGAAACACAUUUAAAAACGUACGACAUUCGCAGUGGUGGACUGGCAUGGCACAUUGACAAUCUGCAUGCUCAGCUGGUAAGGGACAUAGACUUCAACUCACAUAAACAAUAUCACAUUGCUACAUGUGGGGAUGAUGGGUUUGUUAAAAUAUGGGACUUUCGACAAACGCACCAACCCGUCUAUUCAAGAAGUGAUCAUUCACAUUGGGUUUGGUGCGUACGUUUCAACCCAUUUCAUGACCAAUUGUUAUUGACUGCAAGUUCGGACGCCAGAGUUUUGCUCAGUAGUGCUGCCAGCGUCAGUUCAGAAAAUACAAAUGACCUGGUCGAAUACACUGGUGAAGGAGAGACUAAACAAAUUUUGCAAGAUGGUCAACUGCAAUGGUUUGAACAUGAAGACAGCGUUUAUUGCGCCGAAUGGUCACCAGCUGAACCUUGGGUAUUCGCGUCCCUUUCAUAUGAUGGUCGUCUUCUAAUUUCUAGAGUUAAAAAGUCAAUCAAAUACCAAAUCAUGCUUUAAGUAUUAUACAUGUUUAACAUUCCAAAACACUUAUGAUAAACAAUUAUUAUUUAUGUAA